GAAAAAAAUCUGUAAUCAAGGAAUUAAAACCCAACUGUAUCAACAAAAAUAUCAUCUUAGAUGAGAAGAAGAUGAUCAUGUAGGGGUAAUAAAGUCAUUAGACACGUAACGGCACCGCUUUAUAACCGUUUAAGACUCCUCUCCUUUCUUCUACAUUCUCUGGUUUGUCCCCUUCCCCAAGAAAACUUCUCUCUCUCUCUCUCUCUCUCUCUCUCGAACUUUCCUCCCCACUCGAGAUGGCGGCGGCGCAUGUGGAAAUCGAGGACCAAUCCUCCGUCAGCACCGAACUUGAUAAUGGCGAAAUUCUCGAACCCCUCUCCGAUGCUGAUUCCUCCUCCGCUUCCUCCGGAUCAGCGAUCCUUCUCGGCCAAGGAAACCAGGAGCACGACGUCAUCAAAGCGUGUUUCCUCUCCGGCUUAGGCGCCGCCUUCGCCGUCGACACGACGGUGGAGAGCGUGCGUAAGACCUCUACGGAAGGGGUCGCGGCGAGAGCCAGGUACGUGGCGUUUCGGAUCUUCACGGAAGCCAUGGCGAGGAAGAACGGCGGAGAUCCGAAUGUGAAGUACGGUUGGUUCGCUGGCUCCAGAGAGGAGAUCGAUCGUAUCGUCUCGUACGGGUUCAGCAGCCGAGAGAUCGACGAUGGUUCUCAUGGAAUCGGAGUCCACCUCGUUCCUUCCAAGUGCUCUCUCUUCGCAGCUGUAGGUGCAGAGCCAGACGGGGAAGGUGUGAGGCAUCUUCUCUUGUGCCGUGUACUCCUCGGGAGGCCUGAGCAGAUCGACGCCGGGUCUACACAGUCGCAUCCGAGCUCUGGUGAAUUCGAUUGCGCUGUGGAUGAUCUUCAGGAACCGAGGAAGUAUAUUGUGUGGAGCUCCAACAUGAACUCGUACAUCUUACCGAGUUACAUCGUCAGUUUCAAGUCUCCUCGCCUCAGAGUUAUAGGUAGAGGUGGUCCUCCGCCAAGCUCCCCUUGGGUUAGUUUUACUGCGGUUGUGUCAGUGCUGUCCAAGUUCUUGGAUGCUUCGAGAAUGAGCUUGAUCAAGAAGACUUUCGAUGAUUUUAGGAAAGGGAAGAUUCCGAGAGAUCAACUGGUUCGGAAGAUGAGACAAGUGGCUGGUGACGACCUCUUGGCUCAGAUAAUCAAGAACCAUAAGGACAGGGUUUAAGGAAGGAUAGAUGAUAGGAGAAGUCUAAGACGCCUGGAAGCUCAAUCAAUUGUGGAAAACUAUAUAUCUUAGAGUUUUUAAGCUCUUAUUUGUCUCCUUUUUCUGAUUAGAUUUUUUAUACAAACAGAGGAUCCCUUGUGAUAUGAACUUUGGAAAAUUUGUAAACAUCAUUAUUUUAUACAGCUAAUGAGAUUUUCAAUAUUUCGAGAGCAA